CUUGGCAUUGACCACGAUUAGCUGUCAAUUGUUUCCACACCCAACCAGAAAAUACAGAUGGCCUCCAGUCCAAAGUCUUGCGACACAUUCGUGGCUCUACCCUCGGCCACAGGGAAUGGGUGUAUGAUAUUCGGAAAGAACUCUGACCGGCCGGGGAAUGAAGUACAAGAGGUUGUCUAUCUUGCAGCAGCUUCACACAAACCAGGGGAUAAGCUUCAGUGCACAUACAUAGACAUACCCCAGGUAGAGAAAACCUAUGCUGUGGUUCUCAGCAAGCCCUCAUGGAUGUGGGGGGCAGAGAUGGGUGCCAACGAGCGUGGGGUUGCCAUUGGGAAUGAGGCAGUCUGGACCAAGAUGAAUGGGCCAGAAGAUUAUGAUGAAAAACUGCUGGGCAUGGAUCUUCUCAGACUCGGUCUAGAACGGGGUGGAUCAGCUCGGGAAUCUCUUGAUGUGAUCACCGCAUGCCUUGAGUCACACGGGCAGGGCGGGCCAUGUGCAGAAGGUGGAGACUGGUUCUACCAUAACAGUUUCAUCAUUGCUGACGGAAACGAGGCCUGGGUGCUGGAGACUGCAGGAAAACAUUGGGCUGCAGAGAAAGUGACUGAGGGCGUACGCAACAUCUCAAACCAGCUGACAAUAGGUAAAAAAUUUGACUUGAGCUCUGCGGGACUGAUUGAAGCAGCGACAGAGGCCGGUAUUUACAAGCCGAGUGACGGGGAGUUUAACUUUGCUCGUGUGUUUGACGAUGAUUCACUGUCAACGCUUCAUUCUCGUUACUGUAACGGCAAGAGGCUGUUGAAGAAAUAUUCAGAAAAUGGUCAAUUCAAUGUGUCCAACAUGAUGUCUAUCCUACGAGACACAGACAGCGGUAUCAACCAGGAGUCUGGUACAUGCGCUAGUCAAGUGUCCAUGUUGCCUAGCAACCAAGGAGCCACGGCAGCCAGUACACCGGCCUGCCAUUGGUUCACCGCAACACCAGAUCCAGCCAUCAGCAUGUUUAAGCCAUUCAUAUUUACUCCAAAUGUUUCCAUAGGGGAGCUAACUCUUUCACCGCAAUAUGGCUUAGCAGACCCUGCGAGAAUAAAGCCGAGAUUUAGCAGUAAAGUAGAGAGGCGACAUCAGCUGUAUAAAGCCCAUGAGAAGUUAAUUCAAAUGAAAGCUGCAGAUGAAAGAAAGGUUAACGGGAUAAUACAGAAUGUGCGAGAGUUGGAGAAUAAUUGUAUUGCCGAUAUGGAGGAGAUCUUACGCACUUACGGUGAAUCAUCCGGCCCUAAAGUGGCUCAACUUUUCUUUCAUAUGUCCAGUAUGGAAGUCAACUUUUAUAAGUAAAUUGAUGUGUAGAGAGGUUGCAAAAUAUGACGUGUAUGGAAAUGUGUAUGUUUGGACUACUUAAUGUCUGCUGUGUCAUCCAGGUGUGUGUACAUGGUGCUAUGUCAUCCAGGUAUGGUUUUACAUUGUACAUGUUAAGAAUGCCAUGUAUGGUAGCAUUAGAAAGUAAUUUAUGCAAGUAUAAGUGAGCCUACAAGUACUAGUUUAAAGUAAAAUUUCCCAAACUAUUUUUGAACUCAGCUGCAACUUGUACAUGUGUGUAGUUCCUCAUUAAGGUACAUGGUCAGGUCGUGUUUUGCAACCUCACUAGUUCAGCUGUAUUGGCAUGCUGCCCUUUUGAUGCACUUUGCAGAAAGCUGUUUAACUGUAAGGCAGAUGUAUGCUAUCAUUGGAUUUAUUGGCCAACUGUUAGGCAGAUGCAUGCUAGCAUUGGCUUGCUAAAUGCCAACUGGCACAGUACAUGCAUGCUAUCAUUGGCUUGAUUUGCCAACUGUCAAUAGAUGUAUGAAACAUUGGCUUGCUUACCAACUGUUAAGCAGAUGUAUACUCUCAGUUGCUUGAUCUGCCAACUGUUGGUGCUGUAGAUGUAUAGAAACAGUGGAUAGCUUAGCCAACUGUGAGCUGAAGUAUGCUAUCAGUGGCUUGCUUUGCCAACUGUGAGCUGAAGUAUGCUAUCAGUCGCUUGCUUUGCCAAAUGUCAGUGAUAAGUGUGCUUAUUGGUGUGAAUUGUGUUGUUGUCACUUCAAUAAAAUGAUUUUGCUCUUAAGCAGAUAUAAUUAUGAGUUAUUUUACAUUGUGAGCAUAAUGAUUUAUUACAUUCCAUUUAACUGUGCCACGUUAUAAUAUCUCCAUCAUUAUUUGGAGACAUAUUUUUGCUCGAGUUGUCUGUCUGUCAGUCUGUACGUCUGUCUGUCCAUCACUAACCACUAGUCAAGCUUGGUUCAAUGUCACAACCACCCUUACAGGUCAAAGGUCAUAUGACUACAUUUCAUGUCUGCUCACAAGCUCUUGAACCACUUGAAGGAAUUUGAAAUAACCACAAAUGUUCACCCUAUUGAGACUCUGUGCACAGGGCAUGUUACAACUAGCUCUGUUCAAGGUCACACUUACAGAUCAAAGGUCAUAUCGCUAUUUUUAGUGUCUGCUCCACUUAUCUUAAAUCACUUUAAGGAUUUGGAAAUAAUUCGCACAGAGCACAUGUGACAACCAGCUUUAAGCUUUAGGUCAAGGUCAUGCUAAAAGGUCAAAGGUCAUAUGACUUCAUUUUGUGUCUACUUCAUAUCUCUUGAACCUCUUGAAGGAUUUUAAAAUUAAAAUAACUUACUACAAAUGUUCACCAUAUUCAUACGAUGUGCAUAUGGCCUGUUACAACCAGCUCGAUUGAAGGUCAAGGUCACUCUUUGAGGUCAAAGGUCAUAUGACCCACUCCAUUUCCUUUGAAAUGCUUGAAGUAUUUUGAAAUAAUUUGCCAUAAUAGUUUGCCUUAUUGAGAUGUCAUCACACUUAGAGGUCAAAGGUCAUAUGACUAUGUUUUACAUGUGGGACAAUGUGCAUAUUACAAAAACUACAGUCUAGUUGCAAUCUGUUAUCAUGCGUGUUUUGUGACUUUCAAUUUUGGCGCAAAGUGUCUUUUGGCUCAGUGUCAUGCACCUUAGUAUACAGUUAUACAAGUGAAAAAGCUAUUGUUAUUAGUCAUUUAUGUUGUAACAAUGUUGAGUAAAAUCUAGUCUUAUGUUGUAAGUUUUUUUAAACAUUUGAAUGAUUGUUGUCUGUGAUUAUAUUGAUAUAAUCUGUUUUCAAAUUGUAAAUUUUCAGAUGAAAUUUCAUACGUAUUGUACAAACAUGGAAUGAGUAUCUGCUGUUUUAGAUAUUAUUAUUCGUUUCCCUCUUAAAUAUUGCAUGAUUUUAACAAAAAAAUGAACACCAGGGCAGAAUGUCCGUAUUAUAAACAGUGCUUUUCGAAUCCAUAUCACACAGUGGCCUAGUAUGCAUGCCUAUAUCCAAAAUUGUAUGCAAAGAAGAAUGUUUUUAUUUACUAAAAAGUUACUAAGUAGGUGUAUAAAUAGGUAUGAAAUAAAAGUACUACUCUAGUUGAUUGAUAUGUGGAAUGGUAUAACAUCUCGUUGGUUGCAUAGAAAUACAUCACAUGAGCCAUCAUGUGUACAUCACAUAAGCCAUCGUGCGAUGUGGACUUGAUAUUAGCAUCUUUAUAUGAAACAACCCAACAGAUCAACUUAUAAGUAUAAUAUUCCUCAUAUUGUCUAUAACAUUUGACCACUGUGUCACAUUGUGAUAUUUGUUAACUUCUUGUUGUAUUGUAGUUAUUAUAUCAGCCCUAAACUAUAUCAUUUAUGACUUACUGUUUAAACAAUUUUAAGCAACAUUGUGUAUUUACCAUGCCAAUUGGUCUCGUAGUAACAUGUUGUACUUUGUCUGUUGCUUCGCAAAAUUAUAUAGGAAUGUUUGCAUUUGCACAAUUCAUUUUGAAGAAUGUGUGUGAUCCAAUUUAAUGUUGCCAUAUUACUAAAAUAAAUCGUCAAAAUUA